CAUCGUCGCAACGCCUCGUUCCAUACGCCCAGCGCCACACCGGGGGUGGCUCAUUCGGAAGGAGAGCGGGCCGGCUAUGUUGUAUUGCCUCGCCGCGUCGGCGGCUUCCCCGCCAUCGGCGAGGCCCGUCACCCAGCGCCUGUUUGUUUCAGCGGUGGCUCCUUCCCCUUGGCGGUCUGUUGAGCCUCAUCGCGCUGUAUGGAGGAGUGGAGACGCCGGGCCAAGGCCUCGAACGAUGCUGCGGCGGUGCUCCUCCGCCGGCGACUCCAGGGCGGUCGGAGACGGCAGCCCGUCCAGUUUUUGCAUAAUUGAAGGACCAGAGACAAUACAGGACUUCAUUCAGAUGCAAUCACAAGAGAUUCAAGACAACAUAAAGAGUCGCCGUAACAAAAUAUUCCUUUUAAUGGAAGAGGUCAGACGAUUGCGGGUGCAGCAACGAAUCAGAGCCGCUGAAAGCCGAGGUGGCAGCAGCGAGGAAAAUGAAAUGCCUGAGAUGCCAUCUACUAUUCCAUUUUUACCUUACACGUCACCGAAGACAAUGAAGCAACUCUAUUUGACAUCAUUCUCUUUCAUAUCUGGGAUAAUCAUUUUUGGAGGCUUGAUAGCCCCAAUACUUGAACUGAAAUUAGGGCUUGGUGGUACGUCUUAUGAAGAUUUUAUAAGGAACAUGUAUUUGCCUCUUCAGUUGAGUCAGGUGGAUCCCAUUGUGGCAUCCUUUUCAGGUGGUGCAGUUGGUGUAAUCUCAGCCUUAAUGUUGGUUGAAGUGAAAAAUGUGAGACAACAAGAGAAGAAAAGAUGCACAUAUUGUCAUGGGACUGGAUACUUGCCAUGUGCCCGUUGUUCUGCUAGCAAAAUGUUAUUGAGCACCAAACGCUUUUCACUUUCUACAACUGAAAGGUGUUCCAAUUGUUCAGGAGCUGGAAAGGUGAUGUGCCCGACAUGCUUGUGCACAGGAAUGGCCAUGGCAAGCGAGCAUGACCCACGCAUAGACCCCUUUGAUUAGUACGGAGCAAUUUGAAGUUUGUGAUGCUUUCGUUUUCUAUCCGUUGCUGUGCUAGGGUCUUAAUCUGUCCUUAUUGUCUACUCUAGAGAGAUGAAGCUGGCACUUAGAAUUGAUGAAACCCGUUACAUGAUUACAUCAGAUUUACCAGAGGCGCAGGGUUCAUUACCAGAUACCUGUGAACUUUAUACCAAAUAAUGUUUGCAGGUAUAAAGACAUGUAAUUUACGUAUGUGUUAUAUUCGACAAAGACAGUUUGGCCGAGUGGUCUAAGGCGCCAGAUUUAGGCUCUGGUCCGAAAGGGCGUGGGUUCAAAUCCCACAGCUGUCAGUCAUUUUAUUUUUAUUUCUAACUUUCUAUAUCUGUAAUCCUGUAUGUAUAAUCGCCUUUUGUACUAAUCUUCCGGACUUCCGGUGCGGGUAUUUAUAAGAUUUUUCCUUUCUGUCA